GAACGACAUGUUCAGGGAUACGAGGAGAAAGGCGAUUGCCGAGAUUGAAGUGAAGACGUUGGGGAUUUUAGAGGGAUCAUGGGGGACGAGGGGCCCAAAGGGGUCAGGAUGAUGCCGCACCACGUGCAGCAGGAGUUGUGCAGGACCAGACCGGCUUACAGACAGGGGAAGAGGCUCACCGCGGUCAAGGUUUACACAAUCAACGAUGAAUCCGUACAUUUAAUAGUAUGUGGUGUGCCCAAAAUAAACCUAAUCGAAGAGCUCAAGAAAUUGCUUUCACCUUACGGUGACGUUAAAAAAUGUGAAUUGCUUAUUGAGUAUCCAGCUGAAGAGUUCACUGAGAGCUUUCACGUGCAGUUUGAGAGAAUCCAGAGUGCCAGAAUUGCAAAACGAUUGGUGGACAACAAGAACUUUUAUGGAGGAGUCCUCCACGUGUGUUACGCCCCAGAAUUGGAAAGUCUCGCUGAAACGCGAAGGAAACUGAUUCAGAGACAGAAAGACGUUGUCGUGAGGAUUAGGAGGCACAAGGAAGACCCCACGAGUGUGGAAAGGGAUAAGUUUGUCCCUAGAGAGCAAUACCACAGACAGAAGAAAUACCCAACUCUUCCAUUGACAGAAGACAGACUGUCCCAUCAGUACCCUAACGAGUCGUUCGCCUCUAUAAACGACGGAAUCCCAAGGUCGAUAGACCCUCGGCCAGUCUCAGAGCCCAGUCUGCCCCCCAAUAAAAGGAUAAAAUCCGAUAAACAAGUGAACUACAAAGGACACGUCAUCAGGGAUAACAUCAAACAAGUUCGACCAAAAUUAAUUGACACAAAGAAGCUGCCUCACUUCGAGACCCUGCGAGAGGAGAGGAAAGUCGUUCCAGUUGUGAAGAAAGUGGACAGUGGAAUAACAAUCAAAUUACUACCCCAUUCUGAUGACAAGAGGAAACGAAUUGUCAUGAAAAAUCCUAGUACAACUAAAUUGAUAAGCUCCAGUGACGACCUGCAAGCUUCAAUCGUCUCAGUAAAAUCAUCAAUUCGCGAAGCGAUGCAGAGAAAUUAAUUCAGCACCAAUUAUUUUUAUAAUUAUUUAUUCGAAGAUGUGAGAUGCAAACAACACUACUAAAAAUACGAGGAUUGCAUUAAAAACAUGAAUAAUGCUGUUCGUAUUAAAAAUACACUAUUUAUUACAAUU